UCAGAUCAGAUAUAUUUCUAGUAACUGCAGGUUAAAAUGCGGCUACAUCUAAAACUGAACAAGUGAGAUGAUUUUACUCUGUAAAUGUAACUCCGAGUGUUAGGAAAUAUUGAACUUUGAUCCUGAAUCAUUAAGCUUUAUCCGUGAAAUGGACUUUGAAGCGGUUCUGAUAGAAGUUAAACUGUAAACCAUCUAUUAGUUAAAGAUCCAAAACAAUCCCACCUCAUCUGAUUUUACUUUGAAAGUCGGUUACAGGAAGUGAUAGCCUGGUUUCAGGCUGAUGCUAGGAGGUUUAGAAGAUGUCUGAAAGCUUCAGGGCUUUACGCAGCAUCAUGAGGGCUCGGUACCGUUCGGGCUUCAGAGUGCUCAUCCGGCGGAACCAGGCUCCAAAGUAUCCGGGCAGCAGGCGGUGGGGCUCGGACGCAAACUCAGAAUCUGCUCGGCCACUAGAUGGCGUCAGAGUGCUGGAUCUGACCAGGGUUCUGGCUGGUCCGUUUGCCACCAUGAUCCUAGGAGACCUGGGAGCAGAGGUGAUCAAGGUGGAGAGGCCAGGUGGAGGAGACGACACCAGAACCUGGGGCCCGCCGUUUGUCGCCUCAGAGAGCGUCUACUUCCUGAGCGUCAACCGGAACAAGAAGAGCAUCGCAGUGGACCUGAAGCACCGCAGAGGAGCAGAGGUCAUCCAGCAGCUUGCAGGUGUGUGUGACGUCCUGAUGGAGAACUUCCUGCCAGGGAAUCUUCCUCAGUUGGGUUUAGGAUACGCUGAGCUCAGCAGAAUCAACCCAGGCCUCGUCUACUGCUCUGUAUCAGGUUACGGCCAGACAGGCCCUCAGGCCCGGAGUCCAGGCUACGACUCCAUCGCCUCGGCCGUGUCGGGGAUGAUGCACAUCACCGGGCCGGAGGACGGGGAGCCCGUGCGUCCCGGCGUCGCCAUGACGGACCUGGCCACGGGGCUGUACGCGCACGGAGCAGUCAUGGCUGCCUUGCUGCACAGACAGAAGACAGGAAGAGGAAGUCACAUCGACUGCAACCUGCUGUCUGCUCAGGUGUCCUGCCUCAGCCACAUCGCUGCCAACUACCUGAAUGCAGGAAAGGAGGCCAAGCGCUGGGGGACGGCCCACGAGAGCAUCGUACCGUACCAGGGCUUCAGAACCAGAGACGGACACCUGGUUCUGGCUGCAGCCAACGACAGGCAGUUUGUCACGGUGUGCCAGGUUCUGGAGCUGCAGGAUCUCGCUGCCGACCCAAACUACAGAACCAACCAGCUGAGGGUCCAGAACCGGAAGCAGCUGCUGCAGAUUCUGUCCCAGAGGUUCCUGCAGCAGAGCUCUGCUGAUUGGCUGAGGAGGUUCCAGGGCUCAGGUGUUCCGGUCGGACCAAUCAACAGCAUCCAGGAAGUGUUUUCAGAGCCGCAGGUGAAACACAAUGGACUGAUCCAGGAGAUGGAGCAUCCGACGGCGGGACGGAUCACCGUACCGGGUCCAGCUGUGCGCUUCAGCAGCUUCCCCCCGAGCGGGCCGACGCCCCCUCCUUUGAUUGGUCAACACACAAUCCAGGUGCUAAGGGACACCUUGUCCUACAGUGAUGAUGUCAUCAAGGAGCUGCUGGAGUCCAGGGCGGUGGCUCAGAACGAAGUGUUCUGAUUGGCUGAAGAAAGAGAAGCUGCCAAUCAGAGCCUCAGAACCAGAAUGAUGUAAUCAUGAUGUCAUAGACUGUUUAAAGUGUCCAGGGUGAUUUCUGAGUCCUUCACUGUCAGCUACACUUUAUUCUGGAUAUUUAAAGUGUUUUCAGUGUUUUAAUGUUUUAGAAUUAAAAUGUAUUGAUCUGUGACAAUUUGAUCUUAUUAUUAUUAUUAGAAACCUCCAACACAACCAGGAAGUGGCUGCUGGAGGGCAGUAGUUUUGACUUUGGCACUAAUGUCACUCCGUAGAACAGGAGACCUGGGCUACAGGUAGAUGAUCAGGCAGAAAGGUGACACCUAGUGGCAUAAAGGAGGAACUGCAUGAAAUAGAAUAACUGGUCUGGUUCCACAUGUUGGAACAUAAAAUGGUU